AUGGGUGAACAAAUAAAAGAACUAUUUGCCAUGCCGACUGCGCUGCUGAAUACAGAGACCAGAUUAGAGGUUUUCAAAGAUGACCUUGCAGUCGUUCCACAACUCAUGGCUUUUGUUCGUGAACUACAAUCACAGAGCAGAGGAUCAAGUGACAAGUGUCUGAAGGUACCUACACAGACAGGACAGAGCGAUUUCGGUUUCAAGAUAAUGGCAACGAGUAAAGUUUAUUUUCGACGAAACAGACCUGGCACAAAGGCAGAAGAGUGGUGUAAUUGGCCAGAUGAAUCAUUUGAAGAUAUGGAAAGUACUCUAGCUGUUCAACAAUAUAUACAACAAACGAUAAGACGCGAUUUUAAUAAUAUAGAUGAAAUUUUAACAGCUCCAGAUGGUCAAGAUGAAGUGGUUUGGAAAUAUGAACAUUUAAGACAGUUCUGUAUGGAAUUAAAUGGCUUAGCUGUUCGUCUACAAAAACAAUGUACAUCGAAAACAUGUCCUCAAAUGACUGCUACCGAACAGUGGAUAUUUUUAUGUGCUGCUCAUAAAACCCCUAAAGAGUGUCCAGCUAUUGAUUAUACAAGACAUACACUUGAUGGAGCUGCUUGUUUGUUAAAUAGUAGCAAAUAUUUCCCGAGUCGGGUAAGCAUUAAAUGUACAUCAGUCAAUCGUCUUGAUUCUGUAUGUCGUCGAAUUUACAGAAUAUUCUCUCAUGCAUACUAUCAUCAUAGAGAGAUAUUUGAUGCUUUUGAAGAGUCAACUGCACUAUGUCGAAGAUUUACAACAUUUGCAUUAAAAUAUAAACUUAUGAGUAAGGAUAAUUUGAUUGUACCUACCGCUGGUACUGUGGAUCAAACUGUUGUUGAAGCACAUAUAUAA